AUGUCCCUUGCAACCCCCAGCCCCCAGCCCCAGUCUUCGUAUACUACAGCGGUCAACAGUCUCGAUAAGGAUGUUCGGAAGAGAGAUGGCCCAUGCCGACAAGCAUCCGACAAGGAACCAAGGACCAUCGGGGCAGGUGGAUCAAACCAAGUCGCAAAGCUGGGAACGGAUGUAGUACCAAAGGGGAAGGCCAUCUUGUUAGCGCCUCGUGCAAUUCGCCAAUGGACCCAAUGGGAGCCGAGUAUGCGUCCGUAUAGGCAUACAUGGGUGCAACUGGGAUAUCACCCGCCCAACCUCCUAAGAGAAGGUCGAUUGUACGACUGGAAUGCUUGUGGAGGGUCCGAGGUAUGA